CACCGCUCUGACCACUUUGGCCCUGGGGGGACUGAGCAGCUUUGUUCUAGGGCGGCAGCUGGCCCAGCUGCUGUUGCUACUGCAUUUCUCCCCAGGAAGUGUCCCCCCCUUUCCCUACUUUUCUGUUUCUCCCACACUUUCUUUUAUUCUCUAAGUUCUAAGCGUUACAUUUUACUGUAUUUAUUUGUUUUAAAACUAGCUCUCUCUUGAGACCCCUGGCCCCGGGCGGGCGAAGCCCCAAGUCUUGUUUAGAGACUGAGCUUGCUAGAGUUGGGGGGAGGGUGGGUGGAGCUGCUGGCAGGUGACCCCCAGGAGGGGGCUGCCUGGGGCUGUCAUCUUCUCCAGGACUCUGCUUCCAGCGGAUUGGAACCCCAGCUGGCAUCUCCCCUUCCAGGAAAUGCUCCAGUAGAACCGAAUGGUGUCUUUCCCUGGCCAAGAAAUGCUCGUCCCCAAGCCCAGGAGAGCCCUGGGCAGCCUGCGAGGGACCGCCGCGGCCGGCCUUCUCUGGAUGCUGCUGCUGUGGACGGGGCUGAGCAGCGGCCGGGCCCAGAGGGCAGGUUGCAAAACUGUCCACUACGACCUCGUCUUCCUGCUGGACACCUCGUCCAGCGUGGGCAAGGAGGACUUUGAGAAGGUCCAGCAGUGGGUGGCCAACCUGGUGGACACCUUCGAGGUGGGCCCCGCCCACACCCGGGUGGGGGUCGUGCGCUACAGCGACCAGCCCACCACGGCCUUCGAGCUGGGCCGCUUUGACUCGAGGGAGGCAGUGAAGGCGGCCGCGGGGACCCUGGCCUACCACGGCGGCCACACCAACACGGGCGACGCGCUGCGCUACAUCACCCGUCACAGCUUCUCGCGGCAGGCGGGGGGCCGCCCCGGGGACCGCGCCUUCAAGCAGGUGGCCAUCCUCCUGACCGACGGCCGCAGCCAGGACCUGGUGCUGGAGGCCGCGGCCGCCGCCCACCGGGCGGGCAUCCGCAUCUUCGCGGUGGGCGUGGGCGAGGCGCUGAAAGAGGAGCUGCAGGAGAUCGCGUCGGAGCCCAAGUCCGCCCACGUCUUCCACGUGUCCGACUUCGACGCCAUCGACAAGAUCCGGGGCAAGCUGCGGCGCCGGCUGUGUGAGAACGUUCUCUGCCCCAGCGUCCGUGUGGAAGGAGAUCGCUUUAAGCACACCAAUGGCGGCACCAAGGAGAUCACAGGUUUCGACCUGAUGGAUUUGUUCAGCGUGAAGGACAUCUUGGGAGAGCGGGAGAAUGGGGUACAGAGUUCCUACGUGCGGAUGGGAUCCUUCCCCGUGGUGCAGAGAACUGAGGAUGUGUUCCCCCAGGGUCUGCCUGAUGAGUACGCCUUCGUCACGACCUUCCGGUUCAGGAAAACGUCUCGGAAAGAAGACUGGUACAUCUGGCAGGUCAUCGACCAGUACGGCAUCCCACAGGUGUCCAUCCGGCUGGACGGCGAGAACAAGGCGGUUGAGUACAACGCGGUGGGCGCCAUGCAGGACGCUGUCAGAGUGGUCUUCCGUGGACCCCGGGUCAGUGACCUCUUUGACCGGGCCUGGCACAAGGUCGCCCUGAGCAUCCAGGCCCAGAAUGUCUCCCUGUACGUGGACUGCGUGCUGGUGCAGACGCUGCCCAUCGAGGAGAGGGAGAACAUUGACAUCCAGGGCAAGACCGUGAUCGGCAAGCGCCUCUACGACAGCGUGCCCAUCGACUUUGACCUGCAGCGGAUUGUGAUUUACUGCGACGCCCGCCACGCAGAGCUGGAGACUUGCUGUGACAUCCCCUCAGGGCCGUGCCAGGUGACGGUGCUGACAGAGCCUUCGCCUCCGCCCCCAAGGCCUCCCACCUCCGGCAGUGAACAAAUUGGAUUUUUGAAGACCAUCAACUGCUCCUGCCCAGCUGGUGAAAAGGGUGAAAAGGGCUCUCAUGGCCCCCUGGGAUUCCCGGGCCCAAAGGGAGACAUGGGAGCCACUGGGCCAGUUGGAGCUCCUGGACCCAAGGGAGAGAAAGGCGACUCGGGCAGAGGACCUUUUGUCCCAGGAGAAAAGGGUGAAAAGGGUUCCCUGGGCCCGCCUGGUCCCCCUGGGAGAGACGGCAGCAAAGGUGUGCGGGGGGAGCCAGGAGAGCCGGGGCUGCCUGGAGAGGUGGGAAUGCGGGGAUUCCAUGGACCCCCAGGACUUCCUGGCCCCCCCGGACACGUGGGAGCUCCUGGUCUCCAAGGAGAACAAGGGGAAAGGGGAGCCCGGGGAGAAAAGGGGGAGCGAGGCCUGGAUGGAUUCCCUGGGAAGCACGGGGAGACUGGAGAGCAGGGAAGGCCUGGCCCUCCCGGUGUGGCAGGACCCCAGGGAGAGAAGGGUGACGUGGGGCCUGCAGGACCACCUGGUGUACCAGGCUCUGUGGUGCAGAAAGAGGGCCUGAAGGGCGAGCAGGGAGCGCCGGGACCACGAGGUCACCAGGGCCCGCCCGGGCCCCCAGGAGCUCCAGGUCUGAUGGGUCCAGAAGGCAAGAAUGGACCUCCUGGUUUGCCAGGUCUCCGAGGGAAGAAAGGAGACGUGGGCCCACCUGGCAUCCCUGGAUCGCUGGGGCCGCAGGGCCCCCCGGGACCACCUGGCAUCGCAGGCCCCCCUGGACCCGGAGGCCCCCCGGGCUUACCUGGAGAGAUCGGCUUCCCGGGAAAACCGGGGCACCCCGGGCAGGCGGGGCCACCUGGAAAGCAUGGGCUGAGUGGACCCCCGGGCCUGCCAGGACCCAAGGGCGAGCCGGGAGACAGAGGAGAAGACGGUCUGCCUGGGAAACCUGGCCUUCGGGGAGACGUUGGGGAGCAGGGCCUGGCUGGCCGACCUGGAGAAAAGGGAGAGUCAGGGCUGCCAGGUGCUCCAGGAUUCCCGGGCCUGAGGGGAGAGAAAGGAGAGCAGGGAGGGAAAGGUGAACUGGGCCUCCCAGGACAGAAAGGUGACCGAGGUGCAAAGGGUGAAGCUGGCCCAGCAGGCCCCCCUGGAUUACCUGGAACUAUGUUCACCCCGCGCCCGGGAAUGCCAGGAGAACAAGGUCUGAAAGGAGAGAAGGGCGAUCGAGGCAUGCCUGGGGAACCGGGAUCACAGGGCCGUCCUGGAGAACUGGGGCCUCCGGGAGCCGCUGGACCACCGGGUGCCAAAGGACAAGAAGGUGCACGUGGGGUGCCGGGAGCAGCUGGAAACCCUGGCGCUCCUGGACCUGUAGGUCCCCCCGGUCCCAGUGGCCCCCCAGGAAGUGUGGGCCCCCCUGGCAUCAGAGGCCCCCCUGGGAAAGAUGGGGAGCGCGGUGAGAAGGGAGCAGCGGGUGAAGAAGGGAGCCCAGGGCCAGCGGGCCCCAGAGGGGAUCCUGGGGCUCCCGGGCUCCCGGGGCUGCCCGGAACAGGGAAAGACGGAGAGCCGGGACCGCGUGGACCACCUGGCUUACCUGGACCUGUUGGAACCAAGGGCGCCCAAGGUGUACCUGGGAUCCCUGGCUCUCCUGGCAGUCGCGGGGACCCGGGCAUCGGGCUUGCUGGCCCUCCUGGCCCUUCUGGACCACCAGGAGACAAAGGACCCCAGGGAUCUCGAGGCUUACCUGGGUUCCCCGGCCCCCAGGGACCAGCCGGCCGGGAUGGUGUACCAGGAAAUCCAGGAGAAAGGGGACCUCCCGGCAAACCAGGCCCUCCUUCACUGCUGUCUCCAGAGGACAUAAAUCUCCUGGUGAAGGACGUGUGCAGCGAGUGCCCCCCCGGCCCCCCUGGCCUCCCUGGUCUGCCAGGUUUCAAAGGGGACAAAGGUCUCCCAGGAAAGCCAGGGAGAGAUGGCACCGAAGGGAAAAAGGGCGAUGCUGGGUCCAGAGGCCCCCCAGGACCCCCGGGAACAGCCGGAGCGCAGGGAAGUAAAGGAGAGCAUGGAGCAGAUGGUGAGGCUGGACAGAAAGGCGAUCAGGGUCAUCCCGGAAUUCCAGGUUUCAUGGGGCCCCCAGGGAACCCUGGACCACCGGGAGCAGAUGGGGUCGCGGGAGCUGCUGGACCGCCAGGAAUCCAGGGACCGCCGGGGAAAGAAGGACCCCCCGGCCCCCAAGGCCCCUCUGGAUUACCUGGAAUCCCAGGAGCAGAAGGCAAAGAGGGCAGAGAUGGAAAACCGGGUCCCCCUGGAGAGCCGGGAAAAACUGGAGAGCCGGGUCUGCCGGGACCAGAGGGGGCCCGAGGCCCCCCGGGCUUCAAGGGACACACGGGCGAUGCGGGUGCCCCUGGUCCCCGGGGCGAGUCUGGUGCCAUGGGACCACCUGGCCGGGAAGGGUCACCAGGAAAAGAUGGUGACACUGGACCCACCGGGCCACAGGGUCCCCGAGGAGAGAGGGGUCCACCGGGUAAGAAUGGAUCACCUGGAUCUCCAGGAGACCCGGGCCCUCCGGGAAACCCAGGCCAGAAGGGGAACAAAGGAGAAAAUGGCAGCCCGGGACUCCCUGGCUUCCUGGGUCCCCGAGGGCCUCCGGGCGAGCCAGGAGAGAAAGGAGUGCCGGGCAAGGAGGGUGUACCUGGGAAGCCCGGAGAACCAGGACCCAAAGGCGAGCAGGGAGAUCCCGGGAUCAAAGGUGACAAAGGAGCUCCCGGUGGGAAUGGCCAAGCUGGGGACCCUGGAGUCCCAGGUCACAAAGGCCACACAGGCCUGCCGGGACCCCAAGGCCCACCUGGGGAGAGUGGCCCAGCCGGGCCCGCGGGGCCUCCGGGCCAGCCAGGAUUUCCAGGACCGAGGGGGGAACCUCCCUCUCUGGACACCCUGAGGCGGCUCAUCCAGGAAGAACUCGGGAAACAGCUGGAAACCAAACUUGCCUACAUCCUGGCGCAGAUGCCCCCGGCACACAUGAAGGCAUCUCAAGGCAGACCCGGGCCCCCGGGCCCCCCCGGAAAAGAUGGGCUUCCAGGCCAGACAGGCCCCAUGGGGGAGCCAGGACGGCCCGGGCAGGGCGGUCUGGAAGGGCCCUCUGGACCAGUAGGUCGCAAAGGUGAGCGAGGAGCCAAAGGUGACCCAGGUGCGCCUGGCGUUGGCCUCCGAGGAGAGAUGGGCCCCCCCGGAAUCCCAGGUCAACCCGGGGAACCUGGCUAUGCUAAAGACGGGCUCCCUGGGGCUCCCGGGCCUCAAGGGGAGACCGGAGCAGCUGGACACCCUGGGCCCCCCGGCCCACCUGGCCCCCCUGGCCAGUGUGACCCCUCCCAGUGUGCCUACUUUGCCAGCCUUGCUGCUCGCCCAGGGAAUGUGAAGGGCCCCUAGAAGAUUCCGGAAUGCCAGGAGACUGCGGUGGAUUUCUGAAACUUGCACUCAGAGCCCGAGGAAGCCAGAGGUCUUGGAACAUGUGUUUUUUUUCUUUUAUCAUUUGUGUUUGUUUCAUUUUCUCGAGAGACCUCAAAGUUAUUGAAACCAACAGAUGCAGCCGGUUGAUCAGAUUCACAUUAAUAUUAUUAUUAUUAAUUAUGAUUAUUAUUUCAUGUGAUAAUAAUGCUUGCGAGUGUUUUUCCCUCUCCUUUCAUGUUGGGGAAACUUGAUUUGUGGGGCAGUGAAUUGCUUCUCGGUUCUUCUGACCACCCAUCAGACGUGGAGCUGCCCGUUUUCAGGAGACUCUUGGUGCUAUGAAACCCUGACCAGACACUUGCCAGCUUUACCUCUUUCCUCAAAGGGACACUUUAAUAAGAUGAGUCAGUGGGCUUCUGUUCUCAGCUGUGCCCAGAGUCGCCCAGGAGAAUCUAUGCAAAAGGCCCUACUUUCCAGGAGAGCCAGUGAAGCAGGAAGAGAGUUUGCAGACAUGAAUGUUCUCGCCUCCUGAUGGGAAGUAGCACAGAAUCAGUCCCAGGGGAGCAAACGUGGCCACCUCGGGGUUUCAGGCUGCUGAAGUGUAACGGUGUCGCAUAGGUCGGCCGUGGCUGUGGAAUCCCGUGUCUGGACCACACAGGGGAGGCUGGUGUGGAGAAGGCAGCCCCUGCACGUUUAUUUGGCUUCUGAGCUGCGGACAGGACCCCUGCAAGCUCCUCACUGUUGGCCCUCACUCACUGUGACUGUAAAGUAGGGUGUCCAGUGGCCGCUUCCGUCUUUCCCGAUGGCGGGCAUUUGGCCAGGGCACUGGCCAGAGCUGGGCAACGUGUGCCUCUAGGUUCCACCUCUGAAAGAAGCUGUCUGGAGGGUAUGUGUGUAUGUGACACGCCAGCACGAACCGGUGCUCAAUAAAUCUGACUUCCUUCUCGUCA